AUGCACUUCCUCCUUCUUGGCGCAACAGGCCGCACUGGCAAGCUUGUUGUAUCAGAACUCCUCGCUCAAAAUCACACUGCAAUAGCACUUGUCAGAAACCCAGCUUCUCUUACACCACAACCUGGCAUCACUAUAGUCACUGGCUCUCCACUAUCAAAAGACGAUAUACGCAAAGCCAUCCAUGCUACACCUGGUGCUCUCCCUUCGGCAGCAAUCUUCACUCUCAACACAGUCCGCGCAUCGGAUAGCCCCUUCGCAGCCCAAGUCGGCCCCCCUCGCUUCCUGGCUGACUCCUGCGCCAACGCGUGUGAAGUCUUGGAAGAAGCCGGUAUCCAUCGAAUUAUCGUUAUGUCAACUGCUGGCGUCGGAGAUACAUGGAAAAAUCUGCCAUUGAUCAGCCAGGCUUUCAUGGGGUUGACGAAUAUUAAAUACGCCUUGGCGGAUCAUAAUUUGUUAGAUCAAGAGAUUCGAAAGACAAAGAUGGAGUGGACUCUUGUGAGACCCGUCAAACUGGACCACGACAACAAUAAUGUGCUGGAGAUUGAGACACUGGGAAGUUCGGGCGUGGGAAUGACAAUGAAAGACAGUGUCACUCCUGUCAGUGUUGCCAAGUUUCUGGUCAAGAUCGCAACUGAGGGGUUGUAUGUGAAAGAAGCAGUGGUGUUGAGAAACUAA